AUGACAAUCAACGCUACAUACCUUGCGCGGACUACACGGACGUCUGCUGAUUGGGCCGACGCAAGGAAUCGAGUUAUCCACUCAUACCGACAAUGGCUACGAGCUUGUCCCGAGAUCCAAAGCAUGUACAAGCUUAAUUUGCCGAUCGCGGCCCUCCGCACAAAGCUUCGUCAGGAGUUUGAAAGACACCGCUACGUAAACCAGCUGAAAACAGUCGAUGUGCUUAUCUUCCAGGCACAUGCAGAAUUCCAGGAAACGCUGAACUUCUGGAAACAAAAAACCAAUGUCAUGAAAUAUUUUCAGGUGGAGGAGGACAACAAGAAGCAACCACAUGACUUCAUGGGCAGGUUCUUGGAGGGACGAAAUUAAAGUGAGGAGAUACUUCGAAGUGUCUGUACAUAUUCAAAUGCCAGCGUACUGCUUUUCCUUGGCUAUAAACUCCGUGUAAAUGCUCAUGACAUGUCCGGUCCGAACGCCGGCUACAAUGCAAAAUUACAUGUUCGCAAUCAAUCUGUUUACUUCUUCUUGAAGUCAUCCCUGACUAUCUCAAACUUCUCUUGGACUACGUCACACAGAUCCAUCAGGUCUACCAGACCUUUGUCUAGCACGUCGUAUACACUUGCGUUGUCUAUACCAAAAGUCAGUACUUAUUCCCGUUUGUCCCAGCAAGGGAUCAAUAUACCGUAUGUUUGUAUUCUGAGGUUCAUUCGCGCCUCUGACGGGUGCGGAAUCGUGUAGCCACAGAACUCGACAACAGGA